AUCACAACAAACACAAAUCAAGAAAGCCGAAUUAUGUCUUCUUGCGCCUCUGUCUUCUUCCUGUUUCUCUGCUCCUUAAUCAGUAGCUUCAGAGGAGCUUCUGCUCAAGAUCCCACUUACGUAUUCCACAGCUGUCCUAAUACGACAGUUUACACAAGGAACAGCACUUACUUCACCAAUCUCAGAACCCUUUUGUCCUCUCUCUCUUCCCCCAAUGCCUCUUACUCCACCGGAUUCCAAAACGCCACCGCCGGGCAAGCUCCCGACAGAGUCACCGGAUUUUUCAAUUGCCGCGGAGACGUCUCGCCGGAAGUCUGCCGUAGGUGCGUGGUCUUUGCCGUCAACGACACUUUAAUUCGGUGUCCGAAGGAGAGCGAGGUCGCCCUCUAUUAUGAUGAGUGUGUGCUUAGAUACUCUAACCGGAAUAUUCUCUCGACCCUGAUAACCACCGGUGGAGUUAUCUUGGUUAACACCCAGAAUGUUACACCCAACCAACGAGACCGGUUAAGCGAUUUGGUUCUGCCCACUCUAAACCAAGCCCUCACCGAAGCCGAGGACAGUUCAAGAAAUUUCGGUACCAGCAAAGCAAAUAUUACUGCGUUGCAAGAUUUGUACGGACUGGUUCAGUGCACAUCUGAUCUGCCGAGACAAGACUGUUCGCGUUGUCUGCAGCUGAUCAUCAAUCAAAUACCUACUGAUAGACUUGGGGCCAGAGUAAUUACGCCGAGCUGUAGUUCAAGAUACGAGCUCUACCCUUUUUACAACGAAUCCGCCGUUAGAACACCACCACCUCCGCCAGCUUCUACUCCUCCGGUGUCAGCUCCUCCGCCACCUGGGAAAGGUGGGAAUUCAAGUGUGUUAGUGGUAGCCAUUGUUGUGCCUAUAGUAGUGGUUGUUCUGCUUUUCGUAUCUGGUUACUGUUUCCUUGCAAGAAGGGCAAAGAAGAGUUACGGCACCACAUCUGCAUUUGAUGGAGAUGAUAUCACAACCGCAGACUCACUGCAGCUUGAUUAUAGAACAAUUCAAACUGCAACAGAUGAUUUUGCAGUGAGUAAUAAGAUUGGUGAAGGUGGAUUUGGUGAGGUUUACAAGGGUAUUUUAUCGGAUGGGACUGAAGUUGCGGUGAAGAGGCUAUCACAGUCAUCAGGACAAGGUGAAGCAGAGUUCAAGAACGAAGUUGUUCUUGUUGCAAAGCUACAGCAUAGAAAUUUGGUUAGACUUCUAGGGUUUUGUCUAGAUGGAGUCGAAAGGGUGCUAGUCUAUGAGUAUGUGCCCAACAAAAGCCUUGAUUACUUCCUCUUUGACCCUGCUAAGCAAGGUCAGCUGGAUUGGACUAGGCGGUACAAGAUUAUUGGUGGAGUUGCUCGAGGGAUUCUGUAUCUUCACCAAGAUUCACGACUCACAAUCAUACACCGUGACCUCAAGGCGAGUAAUAUUCUCUUGGAUGCGGAUAUGAAUCCUAAAAUUGCAGACUUUGGAAUGGCUAGGAUCUUUGGAUUGGACCAAACUGAGGAGAAUACAAACAGAAUAGUUGGCACCUAUGGUUACAUGUCUCCUGAGUAUGCGAUGCAUGGUCAGUACUCAAUGAAAUCUGAUAUCUAUAGCUUCGGAGUGUUAGUUCUUGAGAUUAUAAGCGGAAAGAAGAUUAACAGCUUCUACCGAACAGACGGAGCACAUGAUUUGGUCUCAUAUGCUUGGAAGCUGUGGAGUAACGGGACACCAUUAGAACUCGUGGAUCCAGCUAUUGCAGAUAAUUUUCAAAGAAAUGAAGUUGUUCGAUGUGUCCAUAUCGGUCUUUUAUGUGUUCAAGAAGAUCCUGUUGAGCGUCCGACAAUGUCAACCAUUGUUCUGAUGCUCACAAGUAACACCGUGACUUUACCCGUGCCACGACAACCAGGUCUCUUUUUUCAGAGUAGACUUGGAAAGGACCCGCUUGAUACGGACCAAUUUUCAACUACCAAGUCUCUUAUAGGGUCUGUUGAUGAUGCAUCGAUCACAGAUAUAUAUCCUCGUUGAAGAUGAAUGAUUACCUUUUCAUGCCUGAUUCCUGAAUCUAUUGGUGUUGAUAAUAUGUUAAACAGUUUUGUUGUAGAAUUUUUGUACUGUUAUUGUAAUGAAUUGACGAUUUCUCUCCACGAAUCGAGAACUUUAGAAA